GCCUGUGAGCUGCCCAUGUCUUUUCACCUUCCACUGGGUGGCCGAGCUUCGGUUCCUUUCAUCAGCGCAGUGACCGGCACGCGCCUGGAGGAGCUGCCACCGGAGCACUGGCAGCGCUGGCUGCGCUGCCCGGUGGACCUGGCAUCGGCGCUGCAGCGCGCCAGGGAGAUGCUCGGAGAGCUGGUGGUGCUGGAGAUGGGGCCCCAUCCAGUGCUGUACCAGGCCGUGAAGGCCAGCUUCGAUCUGGCUGGCUAUGCUUGCUCCAUGCGCCGUGGAGAGAAGCAAGGGCCCCUCCUAUCGAGGCAACGAUCAUCACUUCCUGGCUUCCGAGCUCAUCUUAGUUCCCAGCUGCAUUGCCUGUUGGAUUCCGAGGGCAUUUGCUUCAAAACGAGCUUUGCAGAUCAAGGUAUGGCAUCCCAGAAGUUGGUGCCUCUGGCUCACAAGCUGGCCAAACUCUUUCCAUCUCUGGCGCCCCACGAUUUGUACCGCUUCGACUCUGUGCAAAAGCUGAUUGAUUUCUGGGAUGAAGAAAGCUCAUCGAGCGCUAGCCGUGGUGAAAAACCGCCGGCCAGCGCUUUGGACAUUCUGGCCUGUGGAGUGCGCUUACCUGCGGGAGUGGAAUCUCCAGGCAGCUUUUGGGCUCUGCUAGAGCAGGACGACCAGGACAGUGCGUUCAGCUGCAGGGAUGGGCUGAGUGCUGCCUUCCUGCAGCCGCAGUUUGAUCACAAAGCCUCGCUGGCUGCAGCGGAAGAAUCCGGGGUGGAAGGUGCUGAGGCGGCAGCCAUGGAUCCCCAGCACGCCCUGGCCUUGAAGCUGGCCCGUGACAUGUUCCAAGAUGCAGGAGAAGAAACCCUAAAGGCUGUUCAAAGAGUGCGGGACCGCGUGGGUGUCUACAUUGGGGCCUGGCAGGGGGUGGCCAGCUCAGGCAAACCCUCAGCCUACCAUGCCAUCGGUGCCUCCCUCAGCGCCUUGGCAGCUCGCGUGGCCAAUGCCUAUGACUUGCAGGGUCCUGCGGUCACUGUGAACACUGCCUGCUCUUCUGCAUUGGUGGCGGUGAAUGAAGCACUGAAGGAUGCCAAGGCAGGACGCAUUGACUUCGCCAUCGUUGGAGGGGUGAAUUUGUUUGGUGAUGAACAGCUCUUCCGUCACCUGCGACGCGCUUCGAUGCUGAGCCCUUCUGGACGCUGUCACACCUUUUCGGCAGAGGCUGAUGGCUACGUACGCGCAGAAGGUGGUGUGCUCUUCCUACUGGCACGGGAGGCUUUGGAGCUGCCCUCACAUGGAAGAAUCUUGGGCUCUGCCGUGACCCAGAACUCCAGGAGGAAGCCAUUGUCCUCGGUGGAUCCUAUAGCCCAGGAGCACGCUAUCCAUUUAGCUUGCUCUGACGCAGGCAUCAAGCCUUCGGAGCUGACAGUCGUCGAGCUACAUGGCACUGGAACGCCCUUGGGUGACCCAGUGGAGGUUUCAGCUUUGGCAAGGACCCUUCGAGAACGCGCAGAAGCGUGCUGGAUGACAGCGGCAAAGAUGCACGUUGGUGGCCCAUUGAACGUGGCCAAUGGGGCUCCUGUGACCACGUACAAGUCUAUGGCGGUGCCACAAACCAUGCAGGGUGGGCGCCGGACUGGCAAGGUCACGCACAUUGGAACAACCACUACAAUUGGGAACGUUUCAGUUUUCUCUCCUUCCUCAGAAGCCGCACUUGGCACUCCUCUCCCAUGCAGUGGUACAGCACUGCCCGUUGCCACACCUCCCUUCACGCAGGUAACAAAUGUGAUGACUCGAACUAGUAUACCUGCAGCUCCUGUUGCAUCUUUACAGCUACCUACAGCUGCAGGGCUUGUGCACGGACAGAUUGGCAUUCAAAUCGGCACUGUCAGACGUAUUCGCUAA